GUGCUGGGCGGGAAGGGAAGUCGUGGCGGCGGUGGUGGUGGCUGCAGGGACAGCAGCGGCGGCGCUGGUAGGGACAGCAGGAGCGGCGGUGCUGUCAGUUAGGCCGUCGGAGAAAUGGGAGACCCAGGGUCGGAGAUAAUAGAAUCUGUCCUUCCAGCUGAGCCUGAGGCAUCAGAGUCAACAGCGGAUGAAAAUGAAGAUGAUACUCAGUUUGUUAGUGAAGGACCAUCGCGACCUGUUAUUGAAUACAUUGAUCUGGUCUGUGGUGAUAAUGAAGAGCCUAGCACCUAUCAUAGUGAUAUUCUGUUUCCUAAAAUGCCAAAACGACAGGGUGAUUUAUUAAGUUUUUUAAAUGUGAAGAAGGUGAAAACAGACACAGAAAGUAAUGAUAGGAACAAAAAUCAUUGUGGAUCGUCUAAGUCAAAGGAACCAAAUUUCAAAUAUGUUGAACAACCAAUAAUUGAAGAAAAGCCAUCAUGUUCAUCAAAGGAAGAAAUAGAUAAUCUUGUGCUUCCAGAUUGUUGGAAUGAAAAACAAGCGUUUAUGUUUACAGAACAGUACAAAUGGCUUGAAAUAAAAGAAGGUAAAUUAGGAUGUAAGGAUUGUUCAGCAGUUCGUCAUUUGGGAUCAAAAGCAGAAAAACAUGUCCAUGUGUCUAAGGAAUGGAUUGCAUAUUUAGUAACCCCUAAUGGUAGUAAUAAAACUACUAGGCAGGCAUCUCAAAAAAAAAUUAGGGAACACGAUAUUUCUAAAGCCCAUGGUAAAAUUCAGGAUUUGUUAAAGGAAUCAGUUAAUGACUCAGUUUCCAACUUAGCACAUAAACAAAAUAAUAAAAAUAUUGAUGCUACUGUAAAAGUUUUCAAUACAGUUUACAGUUUAGUAAAACAUAAUAGACCUUUAUCUGAUAUUGAGUGGGCAAUAGAAUUACAAGAAAAAAAUGGAGAGGUCAAUUGUUUAAAUACACGAUAUAGUGCAACAAGAAUAGCAGAACAUCUUGCAAAAGAAAUGAAGAUGAAGAUAUUUAAGAAUAUUAUAGAAGAGAAUGCCAAAAUUUGUAUCCUAAUUGAUGAAGCAUCUACGGUUUCAAAGAAAAGCACCUUAGUGAUUUAUCUCCAGUGCACAGUUCAGUCAGCUCCUGCACCGUUAUUUGUUGCUUUAAAAGAAUGGGUGUCAACCACGGCAGAGUGUAUUUUCAGUACACUAUUGACUGCUUUAAAUGAUUGUGGCUUUAAUAAUGAAUAUUUGAGCAAUUUAAUUGCAUUUUGUUCUGAUGGUGCUAAUACAAUGCCGGGAAGAAAGUCUGGAGUAGCUACAAAGCUGUUAGAAAAUUUUCCCGAAAUCAUCAUUUGGAACUGUUUAAAUCAUCGCUUGCAAUUGUCGCUAGAUGAUUCAAUAUCUGAAAUAAAACAAGUUAAUCAUUUUAAAAUAUUUCUGGACAAAAUUUAUGCUAUUUAUCACCAAUCUAAUAAAAGUAAAAACAGGCUUUUAGAAACUGUAGCUAAAGAACUUGAAAUAGAAAUUAUUAAAAUCGGUCGGGUAAUGGGACCAAGAUGGGCAGCAUGCAGUUUACAAGUUGCUACUGCAGUGUGGCAUGCAUAUCCUGUACUGUAUAUGCAUUAUUCUCGUUCCUAUUCUGGUUUGGCCAAGAGAUUAGCUAACAUUAAUUUUUUGCAAGACCUUGCUUUAAUGAUUGACAUUCUUGAAGAAUUUUCAGUACUUUCAACUACAUUGCGGUCAAGAUCAACGAACAUUCAGAAAGCACAAAACAAACGCACCAUACGAGCUUUGGAAAAUUUAAAGAUUGGUGUUGGAAAGCAUGAAUCUCAAAUCAAAGAUUUAAUUAAGUCAGACAAGUUUAAAGACAUUCCAUUUAAUAAAAGUAAUAAAUUUAACACUCUUCCUAGGAAUAUGCUCCUGGAAAAUAUAAUUCAACACAUGAACUUACGUCUUUUAUCAGACAGAAACCACGAUGAAAGCAUUUUUAACUAUUUUGAUUUAUUAGAACCAUCUGCUUGGCCUUAUGAAGAAAUAACUUCACUCUGGACAGCUGGUGAAAAAAAGUUAUUUCGUUUAUGUGAAAUUUUAAAAUACAAAGUAGAUUUGAAUGAUUUUUGGGAAUUUGUAAAUAAUAAUAUAAAAUCAAAUAAUGUUUCAAUUCCUGAAACUAUACAAAAAGCUAAAAAGAUAGUUAGCACUAUUGCAAUCGAUAGUGCUGAAGCUGAAAGAGGUUUCAAUUUAAUGAACAUAAUUUGUACAAGGGUAAGAAAUAGUUUAACAGUAGGUCACAUAUCAGAUUUAAUGACAGUAAACUUACUGGGGAAAGCAGAUUGGGAUGCAACUCCAUUUGUAAAAUCUUGGUCAAAUUGCAACCAUAGGUUGGCUACAGAUACAAGAGUUCGGCAAAAAUCUGCAAAAGUGGAGAGACUCCGGCAAGAUGGCGGUCUAGGCAGAAGCACCACGCCGUCCCUCCACAACAAAGAUCCGAAAAACUAAGCCAAACAGAGAAUCAACAAUCCUGAA